ACACGCACACAGGGGAGCGGCCAUACACCUGUGCUGACUGCGGCAAGAGUUUUUCACGGAUUUCAACCCUGAGAAGACACCAGCAUGUACACACUGGGGAGCGGCCAUACAGCUGUGCUGAUUGUGCCAAGGUCUUUUCACGGAUUGCACACCUGAAAAUACACCAGCGCAUGCACACAGGGGAGCGGCCGUACAGCUGUGCUGACUGCGGCAAGGGCUUUUCACAGAUUUCAUGCCUGAAAAUACACCAGCGCACGCACACAGGGGAGCGGCCGUACACCUGUGCUGACUGCGGCAAGGGCUUUUCACGGAUUGCACACCUGAAAAUACACCAGUGCACGCACACAGGGGAGUGGCCAUACACCUGUGCUGACUGCGGCAAGGGCUUUUCACAGAUUUCAGCCCUGAGAAGACACCAGCACGUACACACUGGGGAGCGGCCAUACAGCUGUGCUGAUUGUGCCAAGGUCUUUUCACAGAUUGCACACCUGAAAAUACACCAGCGCACGCACACAGGGGAGCGGCCGUACAGUUGUGCUGACUGUGGCAAGGGCUUUUCACAGAUUUCAUGCCUGAAAAUACACCAGCGCACGCACACUGGGGAGCGGCCGUACACCUGUGCUGACUGCGGCAAGGGCUUUUCACAGAUUGCACACCUGAAAAUACACCAGCGCAUGCACACAGGGGAGCGGCCGUACAGCUGUGCUGACUGCGGCAAGAGCUUUUCACGGAUUUCAGCCCUAAGAAGACACCAGCGCGUACACACUGGGGAGUAGCCAUA